AUGAGUUACUCUGACGAGGAAGCUGCUCAGCAGCUCCAUGCAGAGGAGUACCACGAAGCGGGGAGCCUGUUCUCAACAAAGGAUUCCCACUUUAGCCACGAUGGACGUUGUGAUGAAGAUCAUCUGAGCGAGGAUGAGAUUUAUUGCUCCUGUUUAUUGAAGACAUUGUGCCAUACCCCCACCCCAGUCACUGUGGGCUUCUAUUCAUCGCACAAAGCACGCGUUCACACCCUACUGGAUCAAAUUGCAGAAAGCAUGCUCGAAGAAUCCAUCCGAAGAAAAAAAGAAGAAUUCGGCAGGACUCACCAGAAAUCCCGAGUCCCUGAAGGAAUAAAUUACCUGAUUCUUCUGUGGUACAUCGUCUUCUGCCAACCAGUCAUCACCGAGGAGCAUCUCCGAAGAAAAACCAUCGAGUUUCUCAUCAUAAAUUUCAGCGCCUGGGAGUAUGCCUGCAGCAAUCAGUUAUGGGCUGGGUUGGUCAGCAUCUUGUGUGACCAUAUCCGCAACCACUUCGGCCCUCUUCCCCUGAGUUUGUACCACGUGGUCGGAAGCAGUCCACAAUCUGACUCAGGAUUCAUCCAUGAGUGGAGGCUUAAAAGGAAAACAUGCUGCAUUGCAGGAGGACUCAUGGUAAGUAUUUUGCUAGUCGGCGCAAGCCUGGUUACUACCGCCCUCUUUAUGCCAGGGAUAAGGGAUGGCACAAUCUUGAAGUACCUUGGUAGCAGCAUUGCUGCCAUUUUGGGCUCAGGGUUCAUCAUAACCAUCAGUCCUGUCAUCAAGAACUUGAUCAUCAGCCAGAAGAAGAAGAUCGAGAGCAUGACCAGCGAUGAGAAGUUCACCAGCCAUCUGGGUUUCAGGAGUGCAGUGAAGAAAGAGAUUGAGGUCCUCACCAACUUUGUCUACUACAUGGAAAUAUUUGAGCGUCGGCAUUUGAAGAUUGUCUUUAAUAUUACAUGUUUAGAUAUAUGCUACCCUGAACAGGUGGUUGGGGUGUUGAACGCCAUCAACACACUUCUUUCCGAUACGAAUGCCUCCUUCAUCUUCAUCCUGGUGGUUGACCCCUGCGUCAUCGUUUCUUGCUUGGAGAAGGCUAGCAGUAUGAAGAAAAUGGCGGACAAUGGCUACCUGUACCUCAACCGCACAGUGACCCUUCCAUUCUCCAUCCCGGAAAUCGCCAUCAAAUCCAAGAAACGUUGUUUGCAGGAGAUCUUCCAGAUUCGGAAAGAUCUCAUGAACGGCAUCAGCAGAAGUAAGAUGGACUUGGGACACGAUGAAGCACUGGUGGACAUGGAAGCGGUGGUUAAAGACAACCAACACCGGAUCGAUGCACUGGCAUCCCAGUACAUCCAUGAAGCUUUCCAAUGCUUACAAAAUGAACAGGAUCGUCUCUACCAUUAUGUCCCAGAUAGCAUUAUCCAGAUGAGGAGGAUCAUCAAUACCCUCCCCAUUACAGUCAGAUUGAUGACUCAACAGAGCCUGCUGAAGAACAACCUCUGUCCACGAAAAGUGGCUGCUUGGGUGGUGUUGGCCAACCAAUGGCCAUGUCGCUUGAGUUGGAUCCUCCAAUGCAUGGAAGACAAAUUGCAGUAUCAACCGCCCAAAGAUUAUGAGAAGAAGUUGAUGUGGGAUGUCUUCAUGGAGACCUGUCCUGAGCUUUACUCCAAGCACAAGGAACUACAGAACAUCAUGGCCUUGGAUGGUGACCCAAAACUUUUUGAGAGAUUCUUGUCUGGUGAUUUUCCCUUCACUGUACAAGAAGGGAAGAAAUUGUUGAAGUAUACUGUCAACUUAGAUCAUUCCAUAAGAUGUAUGAUGGGAGAACUGCAGGAUCUGGCAAUUCUGGAGAACUACAGCAAAGGUGGAGCAAAUUCAGAGAAGAGGGCUUAGGGAUCAUGGAUUCCAUGUGCGCUUCCUGGAAAUCCUGGGGUGAAAGAAAUUUAGCAGGGUUUCAUUCGCUGGGAAGAUGGGAGCAAGAAAGACAGAAAGCUUACAGAUCAGCGGGGGCAACUAUGGCUCCUGUACCACCUGUGGACUUCAACUCCCAGAAUUCCUGAGCCACUUGGCCAGUUUAUUCACUAUAUAUAUAUAUGUUUUCUGAGGUUUUCGCGGGUGUUU